CACCUACACACACCUUCCCUCUCGUCCCUCAUCCCAACUCGCGUCGCACUCGCACGCGGCAGUCAUGUCGCGCACCUACGAUGACGACUUGAUUGGCGACAUUCGUCACAACGACCAGCCGAGAGCGUACGCCGGCUUGCCGUACUACGAGCGACGGGAGGCAGUGUCGGCGUUCAGCGAUGAUGCCGCACCACCGCUCUGGCUGUAUGAACCGCGAUUCGCUCGCCCAUUUGACAUUCUCACGGAGCACGAUGCUGCCAGCUGUCUCGGCUGGAACGAGAUCGCCUGGCAGAAGCAUCACCAGCUGCCAUUUCCCUCCAACAACUUUGGGUCCGGCAGCGCGCGACUCGUGGUAGACUCGCUGGAUCACGCUCAGCCGGGCGGUUAUGGCGACGACUUGUCAAAGAUCGAAUGGCUGCAAAGACGCUUCGAUGAGGUUCCCAUCUGCAAGGCAGUCGCUACCAUGCGAGCGGACGCGGUGCAAGCGGCCAUCAGCGCUGCCCAGCAGGCCAUCGAUCGGAGCGACUCGUUUGGCUUGGAAGCCCAAAGUGGCCUGGCAUCGCUCAUGCAAGGCUUUGGCGAGCAGCACAGCGACAGCGACAGCGACACGGCCCAGUGCACGCUGGCAAGUCCAGUCACCGGCGAGUCUGCUCUGCACGUCGCCGCGGCUUGUGCCCAACCCGAUCUGCUCCGCGCACUGCUCGAGAGCCGUCUGUACGUGGCAGAUGUGCAGGACAAGUCUGGCAUUACGCCCCUCAUGUACCUUGCCUGGCACUCCAGCGAGCCUCUUCGAGCGGGACGCGUAACGUCGCAGCAGAUGCGAGACUGUCUCGAGCUCUUGCUGCAGCACGGCGCUGAUGCCAACCUCGUCUGCUUUGGUGGUCACGGCGGCGAAAGGUCGCUUUCGCGCACCACGGCGCUGGGCUGGGCAGCUCGCGCAUGGAACGUGGCGUUCAUCGCCGUUGCUCGCCAACACGGCUCUUUCGACUUUGACCCGCUCAGCAAGACGCGAGCGACUUCGAGAUUUGCCAGCUUGAGACCCUUGCCUCCGUGUGUCGUCGACGAAAGUUUGCGGGCAGAGGAAGACGAGCAUGAGAGGCAAGACAUGAGUCGUGUAUUCACCGAGAUGGAGCAGGACGAGUUUGAAGAGCAUUUGCGCGGCGUGCACGGCCUCGACAUGCAGGAAAUGGCGCGCGAGAACGAAGCUGCGUAUGGGAUCGCACGUCGUCUCGUCGGUCAGAGGUUGGAGCAUGUCGGCUUGUGCUUCGUUCGAGCGGCUCACGUGCCUUUUGGACCUGGACCGGGACCGGGACCGGGUGGCGUCGCGCUAGAUCCGUCGUCGUCGUCUGUGCAGGCUCCACACUGGGCUUGGGAUCAUUCGGCUUCGCGAUUGCUGCCUGACGGCAACGCCUCCAAUCGCGCUCUGGCUCGACGAGAUGUGGUUCGGUGGAUGCAGACUGUUCGCGAGCUCGUUGCUGGUGGUGCUCGCGUCUCCUUGUUCAGGGACAUUGCUGGCGUCUGCGGCAACGUGCCCCCGCCAGAAGCUCUCGCGAUGCUGCUCGAUCUGUAUGCAGAGCAAGAGUCUCUGUCCUCAGCUGCCAUCCUCAACCGCCACACCACUCACUUCAAUGGCGCGAUCGGCUGUCCAUGGGCGCUGAUCCUAGCCGCGUACGCUGCCAAGGGAUGUUCAAGCGAUGAUUUUCUCGCCUUGGUCUCGCUUCUCGACGCGCGUGGGGCGGACUUUGCCUCGGCCGCAAACUGCUACGUCACGCCGCACGUCGUCAAAGCACAUGGUCCGCUCUUCGAUUUGUUGAGAGCCAUCGACUUGCACCGAGCUGGAAUCGAGCUGCCACCCAGGCUUCGGGAUGCGUCGAGCGCAACCAAGGAUCAAUUCUUCAGGACGCAGUAUCGGAAGAGGGUGGAAGUGCUCGAGCCAGUUCCGCUACUAGGCAUUUUGGUCUACCUCGCUCGCAAAGAGGAGAUCAAUCAUCUGCUCGAUGUGGGUGUGCCGGCCGAGGGCCCCACGACGCAGCGGUGGGAAUCGUUUGCGAGAACCGCAAAUGACUCGACGGCAGACACCAUUUACGCACACACACGAUCGACGCAAUGUUAAUGAUAGCAUGUGAUUCUUACGAACUGUUGAUAUGACGAG